AUGGCUAUCAGUGAAAUCGUCUCGGACGAGUCGCUGCUGCCCGUGCUCGGCACCAGUGCAGAGACUUUGGCUCAAUGCCAGCAGCUGAUAGCCCUGUUGAAUCCCGACACCAGCCCGACCGAUCCCGCCGGUCUCAAAGAACUGUCCCUGGCCGUGUCGAAGCAGCAAAAGAUCCUCUUUGCUCGACUUGCUCAACUGCGCGGUCAAAAUCGGGAUGCCAUCUUCCGUGUGCGCGACACGAAACACGCCACUGCCGAGGCUCGACAGGAGAUUGACCGACUACAUCUUCAACUCCAGAACUUGUACUACGAGCAGAAGCACCUUACGGGCGAGAUUGCCGCCUGCGAGUCCUAUGAUCACAAAUACCUUUCACUGCCUCUGAUCUCGGUCGAACAGUUUCUGGAAUUGUUCCCCGAGCAUCGCGAAUCCAGUGAAAACGACCUCAUGAUCGCGCGCAUCAACCACGAACAUGCCGAACGAGAGAAACUCGAGCAGGCGCGCCAAGAGCUCCUAAAGCGCAAGCAAGCGUUGAUCGCAGAGAACAAGAAGCGCAAGGAUGAUUUGGCCAACCUGGAUCAGGAUCUAGAGAAGUUUAUCGAUGUGGGUGACCUUCUUUACCUCAACUAUUAUUCGGAGAUGAUACAUUUUACUAACCUAUCUCUGCGAGUCCAGGCAGCCAAACCCAUUCAAAAGAUCUUCGAAAAGGAAUACUGA